UGCCUGGAGACUCAUGACGCGGCCCCAGUUCUCACUCCCAUUGCGUGUCCGGUUUCUAGAGCAGCCAAUCAGCGUCUCCGCGGUUCCGGGUUAUAAAGUCUCCACCAACCAGCCCAACUCACCUUCUUUCCAGACUCGGAGAAGGUGGGUCAUGGCGUCCCACAUGUCCCUCCUGCUGCUCUCGGGGGUCCUGGCCCUGACCAAGACCUGGGCGGGCUCCCACUCCCUGAGGUAUUUCUGCACCGCCGUGUCCCGGCCCGGCCGCGGGGAGCCCCGCUUCAUCGCCGUCGGCUACGUGGACGACACGCAGUUCGUGGGGUUCGACAGCGACGCCGCGAAUCCGAGGGCGGAGCCGCGGGCGCCGUGGGUGGAGCAGGAGGGGGCGCAAUAUUGGGAAGAAGAGACGCGGAUCUUCAACGGCAACGCACAGAAUUUCCGAGUGAGCCUGAACAACCUGCGCAGCUACUACAACCAGAGCGAGGCCGGGUCUCACACCUACCAGUGGCUUUGUGGCUGCGACGUGGGGCCAGACGGGCGCUUCCUCCGCGGGUACAGUCAGUUCGCCUACGACGGCGCCGAUUACAUCGCCCUGAGCGAGGACCUGCGCUCCUGGACCGCGGCGGACACAGUGGCUCAGAUCACCCGGCGCAAGUGGGAGGCGUCCGGUGUGGCGGAGCAGCACAGAAACUACCUGGAAGGCAGGUGCGUGGAGUCGCUCCUCAGAUACCUGGAGAACGGGAAGGAGACGCUGCAGCGCGCGGAACCCCCAAAAGGACAUGUGACCCACCACCCCAACUCUGGCAGUGAGGUUACCCUGAGGUGCUGUGCCCUGGGCUUCUACCCUGCAGAGAUCACCCUGACCUGGCAGCGUGAUGGGGAGGACCUGACCCAGGACACAGAGCUUGUGGAGACCAGGCCUGCAGGAGACAGAACCUUCCAGAAGUGGGUGGCUGUGAUGGUGCCUUCUGGAGAGGAACAAAGAUACAUAUGCCAUGUGCAGCAUGAGGGGCUGCCUGAACCCCUUACCCUGAGAUGGGAGCCGCCUCCUCAGCCCACCAUCCCCAUUGUGGGCAUCAUUGUUGGCCUGGUUCUCCUUGGAGCUGUGGUCACUGGAGCUGUGAUAUGGAGGAAAAAGCACUCAGGUAGGGAAGGGAGUGGGAGGAUCAGUAACAGUGCCCAAGGCUCUGAUGUGUCUCUCACGGAUCCUCAAGGUGAGACCCUGAAGACCUGA